AUGCAAGGAUACGACUAUCUGUGUUCGGAUAUGGUCAAAUAUCCAGAACUGGCCAUCUUUCGCAAAUUCAAAAUCCUGAACUACCGUGCGCUGCUAUUCUUGCAAGCCGAACUGACGCACAAAGAGGGCCGGCUCCUCGCUGCGAUCCGAGCAGAUCGAAAUUCCGGCGACCCUGAAAGGAGUCAGUUUGCCUUCAAUUUCGAGGCCAUGCUCCAAUCCAGGAGCGAUAUCGAGGGGGCAAGAGUACAACGGAAGCUGAUGCGGGAGAUUUGCCAUGAAUUACUCCUCCAAAAUCGCGAACUCGACGACCUGCCUCAGGUCCACAAACCCAGUCUCGCGUGCCUCCGAGCGGCUCAGGUGAGUAUUCCGGACAGACGACUGUUUCUGCGCGGCCGCGAGCUCCAUACGUGGAGCAAGAGAAAGGAAUACGACCUCACAUCCCUGACGGACCAGAAGGAGGGCAGAGACCCGCUCUCCUCGUGGCUCGAGUGGUUCAUCACCAACGUCUUCCACAAGUACUACGGCUCUGGACAUUACGACCCGGACCCCGUGGACGAGGACUGGGCGCCUGCCGUCCCGACCAAGCUGGUCCAGUACCCGCAGAGACACAUCUCGCGGAGCGUCACGGCUGUGACGACGAUCGUGGCGCCGGUCCUGCCCACCGUGUCGGCCUCGGCCCUGUUUUUCAUCGACAGCGAGCUCACGCGGCUGGGCAUCAUUGUGCUGGUGAGCUUCCUCUUCAGCAUCGCGCUGGCGUGCGUCGGCGUCCCGCGCAGGAUCGACUCCUUCGUCGCCACUGCCACCUUCACCGCAGUCUUGAUUGUCUUUAUCGGCAAUAACUCGAGCUGCGCGUGCUAA